AUGAACCCCAAUAACUAUGAUGCAAUUGUCUGUGCUAAAAUACCUAACCAAUUAACUGAUCCUAAAGCAUAUGCUUCUGUUACUACAAAUAUGAUCAAUGGCCCAUGCAGAGAGCUUAAUACUAACGCCUCUUGCAUGACUGACAAUAGUUCUAACCAUAAGAGAUGUUUCAAAGGAUAUUCUAAGCAGUUUCAAAAUGAAACCCUUCAAGGAGAAAACUCUUAUCUGGUAUAUUGUUAUCAUCAAGAUUUUCAACAAGUUGAGAUAAGA